AUGACCCUUUCUCCACAGGCCACAAAUGGCCACCUAUUAUCCCCGUCUCUGGAACCAGGACCGUCAAUCGAAUCGAACGAAGAUACCUCCCCGCGAACCGAUAUAUUCAAUGCCAGCUCCGUCGCUGAGAUCAAAGCCGCACUGUCCCGCCUCCACACUCAGGAGGCCUCAGUAACAGCUCGCCUAGAUGCAUUGGUAACCUCCCAGAAAGACCUUUCGCGAGAAUUGGGUCGAUUGGAUCUUAUGCGGGCUAAUAUUGGAGCUCAAACAACCACCACCCGAUCGAUUAGCCAUGGAAUGCUUUCCGACGCCGCUGGCACGGCCGAUCGGAUUUCUCGUGCUGUACGCCGACUGGAUCUUGAACAGGCCCGAGUGAAAGCGACACUGGAAGUGGUUGAGCAAGUUGCAGAGCUCAAGGCAUGUGCACUGGGUGUUGCGGGGUCCAUGGGUGCCACUCAAGAUUGGGAAACGGCAGCCAGCUACCUGCAUCGUGCUUCGCAGGUCCCACCGACAGUGGUUAAUGGUCCCUUUGCGGCUGAGAUGGUCCCGACGGCCGAAGUUCCAGACCCUCCGAGUGUGACAUUGGAUAAUGCAGCAGAGUCAUUAUGUGGGCUGUUUCUGCGAGAGUUUGACAAGGCAGUCAAGGCGAAUGACGGGGCCAAGAUCACCCGAUUCUUCAAGCUAUUUCCUCUCAUUGGGCGAUCGGAGGUUGGUCUUGAUGUAUAUGGUCGUUACGUUUGUCAAGGUGUGGCUGCAAGGGCCCGUGGCAAUCUCAAUGCGACCACUGGUUCGCAGACGAAAGAUGGUUUCUUCUACGCAAACGCAUUGACUAAGCUUUUUGAACAUAUCGCACAAAUUAUCGAUGGCCAUGGUGGACUGGUGGAGCGCCACUAUGGUCCGCGGAAAAUGGGUCGUGUUAUUGAGCGCCUACAGGUCGAGGCGGAUGUACAAGGUGGUAUAAUUCUUGAUACCUGGGGUGACGAGCGACACGUGGAUCGCAAAUUGAUUGAAAUCAAAUCUUAUGCAUUUACCUUCCUGGUACAGAGCUUCCUUCCUACACAGCGUCCAGGCCAAGGCCGCACGCACUCACCGGCACCAGCAGGCGCUACAGAUGAGGAAGGGGUUGACAUGAAAGAAGUGGAUGAAAUACUGAAUGAGAUGGGGAUUAUGCUGGGUCGUUGGUCUCUGUACUGCCGAUUCCUUUCGGAAACUUGCAACCCGCCCAGCGAGAAUGAGGAGAGCGAUGACAAGGGACUCGCCCUUCCCGAAUUCUUGAAGGAGUCUUCUCUCGCGCGUAAGGUCAACGACCGACUUGUGACCCCCUUCAAUGUCUUGACAACCUUCUUUUUCCGCCGCUCCGUGGAGAAAGCUUUCCAGUUAGAUGAAGCUCCAUCGGGCUUGAGUUUAAACCUGCAACGACCCCUCAAAGCCGAUCCUCCUCAUAUCACCUCUGCCGUUGACGAUAUCAUGUAUAUCGUCAAUAAAGUUCUGCAGCAGUCUCUGGCAACUUCACAGGAAGGCGUUGUCACCAACGUGGUCCCAACUUUGUCUCGUGUACUUGGAUCAGAUUUCAUCGGCAUGACCCAGCGCAAAAUGCGCGAUGAAUUCUACCCACGUGCUAUUGUUCAAGGAGGCCAGCCAGCAGAGCAUUUGGUGGUCGCAUUUUUGGUACAGAUAAACAAUCUCGACAUCGGUAUUGAUUAUAUUCGACGAAUUGUGCAAAAUAACACCGGCUCGAAGCAACUUCCCACACACUCCAAAGAAGGUGCCCAGGAAAAACCGGUGGAAGUCACUGAACAUCUUCACUCGCUCUUCCCAGCUUCCUCAGCCGCCCUCAACGUCUCGCAAACACUUCACGCUCUUGCCAGCUCUUUCGAAAGCAAAGUCAAUGACCUCCUCACCGAUGGCAUCCAAGUCGUUUUCAACAACGUCAUCAAACAACGCCUUCGACCUAUCCUUGCAGACGCCUUCCGCGACAUUGAGUAUCAACCUUCAAGCGGUGCCGACAGCCCCGUUGACGCUCACGACGACUAUAAUGAGCAUGACGGUAGCAGCAAGGAGAUUGUCCGCCCACGCUUCGCGGCUGGUUGGUCAGAACUACUCGUCCCGAUGGCUCGUAUCCUUACACAGCAGGCCUUCGAUCGCCUUCUUACUGUCACUAUAGCCUACUUUACGCGACUGUUAGAAAAGCGUUUGUGGUCCUAUCAAGGCCGGGUUAAUCAGCUCGGGGCAGCCCGUCUGGAGCGUGACAUUGCUGGUCUUGUCAGUGCUGCGGUGGAUGUCGGUUAUGGAUCAGGUACUCCGGGUCGUUAUCGUCACCGUGAAGCACUCUCACGCUGUGUUCAAAUGACACUCGUUAUGAGUAUGGACGAGGAUGAAUGGGAUGAGGUGCUACAGGGUGGCGAGGCGGCAGAGGUGGUAGACAAGCUGACUCGAGAAGAGAGAGUGCGAGUUCGCGCAAUGGUGAGACGUGUAUAA